AAACCACAGCAGGAUCCGUAAUUUCCCAAAGCGGCAGGCUUGAGCUCAGCAGCGGUACGAGUUCUAACCAGAACCACAGUCAGACAUGAAAAGAUAAACAUGUAGAUGACCGUACUCUGGUUUGCGAUAGCGAUGGAAGACGGCCUGGUGUCCGAAGACGAUAUAUUGCUUCGGUCAGAGAAGGAGUUUCAUGAUGCUGCAAAGAGGAACGACACGGAGAGAAUGCUGGAGCUGAUUAGAAAAGGGGUGGACAUUAAAGUAAAAAAUAAGAUGGACCGUAAGGCCCUGCACUGGGCAGCUGGAGCCGGCAGUGAGCAGGCACUGCGUCUACUGCUAGACCAUGACAUGGACAUUGAUGAUAUGGACAGUUUUGGUAUGAAUGCUCUGCUUUUGACGGCAUGGUUUGGUCACCUAUCAAUCUUAAAGAUCCUUGUCUCGACUGGGGCAAAGCUCACCUGUGAAAAUAAGAAUGGUUUAAAUCUCUUGCACUGUGCUGCUCAGAGAGGUCAUAUCAGUAUUAUGAAGUACAUCAUGGAAGAUCUUGAAAACGUGCAGCUUAACAAAGUAAACAAGUCAGGUAAGACGGCAUUGCAUUUGGCUGCAGAGCAUGGACACCUGGAGGCGGUGGAGUUUCUCAUUGGUAUGGGCUGUACACAUGAUCUCAAGGACAAGGAGGAGAACACUGCAUUGCAUUUGGCAGCUAAACAUGGCCACAGUGAGGUCCUCCAGAAGAUUGUGGAGACAGGGGAGAACAUUGAUGGAAAAAACAUUGAUGGCAUGACAGCUUUACAUUUGGCAGCUGAAGGAGGACAUUAUGAGUGUAUUAGACAACUGUUGGAGGAUGGCUGCAACGUCAAUGAACUUACUAAUAAGAAUAGAACCGCUCUUCAUCUUGUGGCCCAGCAUUGCUCAGACAGGGAGGUCAGGCUGCUGGUACAGGCUGGAAUCAACCUGGAUUCAGUCGACACACAACAUACCUCAGCUCUACACCUGGCUGUUCUCAACAACUCCACAGAAAUAGUGAAGGUUCUUAUUGAUGCAGGGUGCGACCUGGACAUCUUUGACAAUCGGCUUCAGUCUGCUCUGCACAUAGCAGCAGAACAUGGACGCCAAAACAUCGCUGAGAUGAUCCUUAUUUCUGGAGUCAACCUCAAUCUGUUAGACAAGCAGAGAAAGACGUCAUUGGAUGUUGCAGCCCGAGGCAACCAUGUGAAUGUUGUUGACAUGAUUAUCAAAGCUGACAGAUUUUACAAAUGGGAAAAGGAGAAUGUGAACAGUGACUCGGACUCCCUAGUGGGAAUGAGUCUUACCUUUAAGCAGGACCAUCAGCUGGAGACACAACAUAUCCGAUCUGUCCUUUGGAAACUUGCCACUAAGUAUCUAAAGCCAGGAGAGUGGAAAAAACUGGCUCAGCACUGGAAGUUCUCAGAAGCUCACAUUCGAGCCAUAGAGCACCAAUGGACAGGUACAAAGAGCUACAAGGAGCAUGGGCACAGAAUGCUGCUCAUCUGGCUGCAUGGCAUGGUCAACGCUGGAGAAAACCCCAUCAAGGGCUUGUAUGAAGGUCUGAUUGGGAUCUCAAGGACAGAUCUGGCAGAGAGUGUGCGUCAGCAGGCUAAUGCAGAUCUGUCUUCUAGUAAAAAAUGCUGUACUAUGUGAAGGGAGAAUCCAGUGAAAAAUGUCUGGCCUUGACCACACAUCCAUCAGAAGAUUGGAAGCUGAAACAGAAACUACUGUCACUAACUGUUAAAAUAACACUCAAAUUGAUAAGAUAUAAGUGCAAAUAUAAGGUCACACUUAAACAUUCUAGUGUCAGCCUUCAAGAAAAUUGCAGUUACAGAUUUGAUAUGUCAAAACAUGUUUUAUUUUUCUUAUAAAAAGUAUCAUUUUAAAUGCAUGGCUGUUUGUCCUACAUUUAAUGUAGAUGCAUUUUUUAUCAAUCAAAAAAUUACUAGAAUUGUUUCUGAUCUUAAAACAAAAAUAAUAAUUAAUGUAUGUUUAUUCUUAGCAAACACUCAUAUUUUGUUGGAUUUUCUACUGUAUGUGUUUAUAAAACCCAAAAGCACAUUGAAAUUGCUAGCUAGUGUGCUAGUGUGAGCUGUAUGUAUAGUACUGUUGGCAGUUGACAAUCUCUCCUGACUGUUGUGAUGAAUUGUGGAUUUGCCCAUCUCUAAUACCUGAACUUUUGAUUAUUGUAUUUUUUAUAUUUAUUGUUUUUUAUUAAAAUUAGAAAGAGAGAAAGUGGAAAGCGCCACAGUGUUUUUUAAGCAGAUGCAUUUCUGGAUACUUGCAGCCUGCUAAUGGAAGAGGUAUGUAAAUGUUGGUUGUGAUG